UUUUAGUGUUGUGCAAAAUAAUAUAGGACCGUAUAAAAGUAUUGUUAAAUUAUUGAAAAUUGUUCAUUUUUGUACCAUUCAGGCAAACGCAAGCGCAUAUGUGGAUGCGUCAACUAUCUUUCGAUUUUGAAAUUAUCAAGUUCUCAACUUAAUUGUUAAAUUUCCGAUUACACAUACAAGAAUACAAGGACGACUAGAAAAACACCAAUGGCAUUUAGCGGACACAUUGACUCCGAUGGGGAGAUGGUUUUGAACGAUGAAAUUUAUUCGGGACGCACUCGUAUUAGCAGCAUUUCAACGCCCUCCGAGCGAUCUCUUGGCGGGCAUUCGGAGCAUUCGGAUCAAUCGGAUGGUCAAUGGGAGCUCUCCCGAAUGCAGUGCCACUCGAGUUUACUAUACAAAGAGCAGGGAGGAUCGUCAUCAUCGUCAUCAGCACCGCUCUCGCUACCGCCCGCCGAGGGCCUCACAUAUACCCAUAGCAAGGCCAAUUCACUCUAUAGCUUCCAGGAUAUGUACGGCUCGCUGAAGCACAUCGAGUCCCAAAGCAAUCGCGUCCCAUCACUGGGCCUCACAUCGAAGGACAGCACCCUCGACUAUAUGCGUGAGCUGGAGGGCUUGAAACUAAAUCGCGAGCCGCAAGUGGCCUACGAGACGUGGUAUGCCUCGAAGCAGAGGCUGCGUCAACAGCAGCUGCAGCGCCAGAAGGAGGAGCGUGAGAGUGAAAAGCAAAAGCACGAGCUGCGCAAGCGACUGUCCAAGCUCUGUUACGAGCAGUGGCUGCGCAACAAGUCGCAGCAGGCGGAGCAGCGACGCAUGGACGAGCACUUGCAACAGGCGGCGCUGCAGGCAGCCAGCUCGAUGGCCAGCCGGAACAAGACUGUGCGCAAUGUACCGCAGGCUGAGAUCCGGCAAGUGGUCCAGAGCUGGUGGCACAAGAAGCAGGAGCAGCAGAAGCGUCAGCGCUUGGAGAUGCAGCGUCAUCAGCUGAAGAAGAAGCGCGAGGAGCAGCGACGCAAGCAGCUGGCCGAGUUGGCCUGGCAGAAGUGGAUGAGCAAUGUCUAUGGCAAACCGAAGCCGGUGCCCAUGAAUCAGGGCAUGGAUUCGCUGCGUGGUAGCGUUUCUGCAAUGUAUGUAAAUCCUAUGCCCUGGCGGCAUCUCAAAAACACUCAAAAUGAGCUCAAAUAUCAAAAGUGAAUUUUCAUCAAGUGCUUAUAUAUAAAUGUGAUAUAUAU